GGAUCCUGCUUCUUGGACGCAAAGUGUAGUCAGCGGGUUGUCAUCACUCCAGAUACCUAGCCGCAAUCGGUAAUCAUGACAGUCAAACGAUCACAUAAGGUCGCUCUAGCUACCAAACCACCAUCAACAAGCAACGAGAGACACCCAAAGAUGGCGAAAGCAAGGGCACCGCGUAAGAUACCAGCUCAGCAGGAGGCCGCUGCUGCGGUCAAAGCCGAGGCGGUGGCUGCCACCGCACUGGAAAAAGGCGAGCUGAUCACGAGUGAGACCCAAGUGCAAACCGGUCAAUUCAAGGAGGAGGAGCCGGGCGUCUGGGAAGGCUAUGUGGAAUGGGAGAAAUACCCAGAGAAGAAGAAGGUCGGCCAUGAGCUGAUGAAGGCCACCAAAUUCCCGCCGCCCCCUGAAUUCCAGCUAGCACCUUUGCCCAAGCGCAAUCCUGUGCUGUACGGUGACUUGUACAAGGACUUCCACCAUGCCAUCGGACUCGAUACGGUGCCCGAAUACAGCUGGGGCCGUGUCCUGAAGGAAAAGGCAUCGACCAUGACGCACGUCCUCGCAUUUCCAUACAACGGCGAGCCCAAUCAUGAGUUUCUGAUGAAGGAUCCCAUCACACCCAACGAAGACCAUUUUGUGCGCAAUCACGGCGGCAUCCCAAAGUGUGUUCGUCCCGAUAAGUACAAGCUGCAGAUCGGAGGCAAAGUCAACAAAGAAAUCUCCAUCUCGCUGGCCGACCUACGCGAUCCACAGAAAUUUCCCCAGCAGAAGCUAGCCGUCACCCUCCAGUGUUGCGGUACGCGUCGUAUCGAGCAGAUCGCCCUGUACCCGGGACACGGUCUCCUCGUUCCCAAUGCGCCCUGGCCAGAAGGCGCAAUCGGAAACGCCGUCUAUACUGGAGUUCUGCUCAAAGACGUGCUCGAACGAGCCUGCGAUGGAAUCAAUGUGGACAAAGUCAAGGCCCACGCCGAAUUCAUCAGCGCGGACACCUACUUCAAGUUCAACCAGGUUUACAAUUAUGCCGUCAGCGUGCCAUACCGCUUCGUAGACAAAGACAGUGUCAUGUUAGCAUGGGAGAUGAAUGGCAAGCCUCUGCCCGAGAUCCACGGCUACCCGCUGCGCAUCGUCGUGCCUGGCGUUAUCGGAGCCCGAUCAGCCAAGUGGGUCACCCGAAUCAACAUCCUGGAUGAGCCAAGCUGGGGCCCUGUUCAGCGCAUGGAGUACUUGUACUACUGCAAUACGCAGUACGGCAAGCACAAUACCCUCUUCAGCAACGGAUUCAGCAUCGAGCGCAUGCCUGUUUCCAGUGCAAUCAUGAAGCCCAACGACGGCAACAUCAUCAUCCACGACGGCCAGAUCAAGCUCGAGGGCUGGGCCUACUCGGGGGGCGAAAAUUGGGUCGAGCGUGUCGAGUGUAGCGUCGAUGGUGGCUUUACGUGGUACCCGGUGCCAGAGGAGAACCUGUCCAAAAAACAUUACUACACCUGGCGCCUGUGGAAGGCGUCGAUUCCCCUGGACAUGGAAGGCUGGUGCGAGGUCCUCGUGCGCGCAUGGGAUUCAUCGUGCAACACUCAGCCGAUCUCGGUGCGAUCUGUCUGGAACUGGGAUCUCCAUGUGACCCAAUCCUGCCACAAGAUCAAAGUGUACAGCGUCAACCGGACCAAGCCUCUCACUGCGCAACGUCUGAAGGAGUACGAAGAAGCCGGCCUCGACUUUGCUUCCGAGCCAAUCACGCGCCCUGUUCCAUGGCCACUCGAAAGCAUGGAGGACUACAAAGCUCGCUACAACAAGUAUCCCCGCGAGCCCCAGGAUUAA